AUGUUCUUCUCAGGUUUACUUGGCUGGUGGGCAUUUUCCUCUACCUCGACUCUGGCUCUGAAACUGAAUGAUCUGGACUCCCAACAAGGAUCUAGCACCAGUGUUAAUACUCCUUCUCUCACAAACCAACAAAUUUCGACCGACAACUUCAUUACCUUCGCAACUGCCACUAAUCUGGGCAUGGAGUAUCUGAGCUUUACUUCCGAAUCAAAGCCCCAUGUUCCGGAAAAUCCUUUGGCGCAAUUCAUCAAGGGUGUCCAAGAGUCGUUGACACUUGACAAACUGCAAUUUGAAAAGUACAUUCUUCCUACUUUUCUCUCAAUUCUUGGCCACUACGUCCUCGACGUCGUUGCGAUUGACCACUGUUACAACAGAAGCGCACACGCCGACUAUGGUACGAGAAUCUUCUCAUGUCAAAGCUUGGCAGGUUCUUUAAAACUCACUGACUACCUUUAA